CCGCCCGCCGCCCAGGGUGCAUCCCGCCUGCUCCGCUCCUCCGCCCGACCCGGAUUCCUGCCCCGCCCCCGCCUCUCCGGCUCCCGCAGCUAGUGCAGCAGCCGCCGCCGCCUCUGUCCAGCCCCGGCGCGGUGACCAACCGCGUCGAUCGCUGCUGCUGAGCGCGCAGCCCGAGCGUCCAGGGAAGGCGAGAUGGAGACCGCCCUGCUGCGUGCUGGGAGCUGCUGAGCCUGUCGCAGUCCGCGUCCAGCCUACACCUGCUUUGACAAAGGCAAAUUUGGAAGCAAUUACUUGGUACAGUUUGUAUAAUAUCUGAAUAAUCCAUAAGGCACAAUGAAGCACUUCCUGAGAAUGUUGAUCCAGGUGUGCCUGUAUUUUUACUGUAAAUUUUUGUGGCGCUGUCUGAAAUUUGUCAUGAGGAAGCUAACUGGAAGAUGUGAACUGCAACGAAUCUGUUACAGUACUAAGCCUGGAGCUUCAAGAACCAUGAAGAUCGAAACUUCACUGAGGGAUUCAAAAAGUAAGCUGUUGCAGACUUCAGUGAGUGUUCACCCUGAUGCCAUUGAAAAAACUAUAGAAGACAUCAUGGAACUGAAAAAAAUUAACCCUGACAUAAAUCCACAGCUGGGAAUUUCUCUUCAGGCUUGCCUUCUGCAAAUUGUGGGCUACAGAAAUCUUAUUGCAGAUGUGGAAAAGCUGCGCAGAGAGCCCUAUGAUUCUGAUAAUCCCCAACAUGAAGAAAUGCUUUUGAAGCUAUGGCGAUUCUUGAAGCCCAAUACUCCACUGGAAUCGCGGAUUUCUAAGCAGUGGUGUGAAAUUGGUUUCCAAGGUGAUGAUCCUAAAACAGAUUUUCGAGGAAUGGGACUUCUGGGACUGUACAAUUUGCAGUAUUUUGCGGAAAGGGAUGCUACAGCAGCUCAGCAGGUCCUCUCUGACUCUCUUCAUCCAAAAUGCAGGGAUAUUGCUAAAGAGGAAAUAAGCAAAUUCAGCAAAGCAGAAUGGGAGAAGAAAAGGAUGGAUAAAGCAAUUGGGUACUCUUUUGCAAUUGUGGGCAUCAACAUAACUGAUCUGGCUUAUAAUCUCCUGGUCAGUGGCGCUCUAAAAACCCAUUUCUACAACAUCGCCCCAGAAGCUCCAACACUGUCUCACUUCCAACAAACAUUCUGCUAUUUGAUGCAUGAAUUUCACAAAUUUUGGAUUGAAGAAGACCCCAUGGACAUAAUGGAAUUUAAUCGUGUGCGAGAAAAAUUCCGCAAGAGGAUCAUAAAACAGCUGCAAAACCCAGACAUGGCACUGUGCCCACAUUUUGCUGCCUCGGAAGGUUUAAUCAACAUGUAGUCACCCACGCUGGUUUUAAUGGAUACCCUGGAACACUGCCUCAUUGUUGUGUUAGACUUCUGCUUAGGUCACAGCUCAUACACUGAAUGCACACAGUGAUUAUAUGCAUGCCUUUUGGUACAGUAUUUUCAUCUCUUGGUCAUAAUCCCGAGAUCCCCAGAUACCACUAUUUCUGGAGUAUCUGUCCUCUAGUGACUGCUCACCUUGUGGCAUUAUGCAGUGUUACAUCUUGCCUUGACACCCAGGUAUGGAGAGAGUUUUCUAUUUUUUUAGAUUUUUUUCCUCUCCCUCAUACUCAACAUUAAAGACUUGUAUUUCUCUAGCUGUAUUUUGUAUGUAAGAAGUUUAGCUAAAUCCUGUUCUGUGAACGCCUUUUAAUUUAUUAUUGAUGUUUCAUGACUACUGCUGCUAGCUUUUCAAGCCAGAUUCAUGCUUGGACUUCAUUCUGAUAGUGUAAGACUUUAAAUUAAUACAGACAGACACAUGAUAAGCCAAACUCUUCCUACAAACAUAGCUGCACUUCACAAAACAUGUAAUGAGGCUUCCAAGAAGUAUCUAGGUAGGAGCUAUCUCAUGUGAAAUACUGCAGAAUUAUAUUGUAACUUAAGCCCAUUUGCUAUUGUGUCACUGUCAUCUGGAUAUCAAAUUAUUUUAUUCCCAUAAUUUCACUGGCUUGGAUGUCUAAAUAUAUUUAUGAUGCUUGGAGCCUUAGAAAAAAAGUGAACAUAUUUCAAAAGCUACAAAAGAUGUUUCACUGCCUGCCUCUUGCUGAACCCAAAAUUCUAUUCUAGCACUCUUCUGAUCCAAGCAUCUUUGCUUGGGGAACUGUGUGCUGGCUGAUUUGUUUUCCAUGUCAAGGGACAAUAUUUAAAAACAACUUCCAAGAAAAUGUAUUGUAAGAGAGAAACUUAAGCUAUGUCACUGUGCAAUGCUUCUUGAAAAUAAUGACCUUGUCUUGUAUCAGUGAAAGAAGUAAGUUGCUUGGAAGAAGAAAAGUCAAAUCAUCCCAAAAUUGCUAAAAAUCAUUCCAAAAAUGUGAUUUAGUUUGGAAUUAUGAUUGUAGUCUGUUGAAUAGUAUUCACCAUGGCAUUUCAUACCCAUGGUAUUUUAUACUUUCGGACUGUCAAUUUUAGUAUUAUUAGAUGUUUGUGUAAUCACUUGCUUAUCUAAAUGAAUUUUGAGUACUGCCUAACUGUCAGUUAUAUGAAUAAAUUACAUGUCAUUCUACUGUAACAUUA